AUGACGACCACUGUUGUUAUGAGCAGUUUCGUCCACAGCGGUGUGACGUGUUCAAUAAAAGUUACCCAACUCGACCAAGCCAAGACCUCGCUGAGACAUGAUCAAUAUUCCUUUAUUGAUCCACCUACCACCACCACCACCACUACUUCCCUUACUGAUACCCCUGCCACUACUACCCCUCCCACCACUACCACCCCUCCCACCACACCCACCACUACUACCCCUCCCACCACACCCACCACAACCACCAUUACUAUCCCUCCCACCACACCCACCACUACUACCCCUACCACUACUACCCCUAUCACCACCCCUACCACUACUACUCCUACCACCUCCACCACACCCACCACUACUACCCUACCACCCACACCCACCACUACUACCCUCCCACCACACCCAACCACUACUACCCCUACCACUACUACCCCACCACCACACCCACCACUACUACCCUCCCACCACACCCAACCACUACUACCUACCACCACACCCACCACUACUACCCCUACCACCACACCCACCACUACUACCCCUCCCACCACACCCACCACUACUACUCCUACCACCACCCCUACCACUACUACUCCUACCACCCUCCCACCACACUCCACCACUUUACCCCCCACCACCACACCCACCACU